CGCAUUUUAUACAAGUUCCAGCUUUCUUGUUCUAUCAACAUGGUACCAUAAUUUCUCUCUCUCACGUCCCAGAAGUUUAUCUCAUCUUUAAACAUCGACAGAGUGAACUGAUUUUUCUGAAUAUCGCAUCUACUAAUGGCUGAGACGGUUACUGAAAUGGUACUAAAGGUUGAUCUCCAAUGUACUUCCUGCUACAAGAAAAUCAAAAAAAUUCUUUGCAAAUUCCCUGAAAUUAGAGGGCAGACUUAUGAUGUCAAGCAAAAUACAGUCACAAUCAGUGUAGUAUGCUGCAGCCCAGAAAAAUUUCGGGACAAAUUGUGCUGCAAAGGUGGAAAAGUUAUCCAGUGUAUUGUGUAUUGUAAUAAUACCGCCCCCGCCCCCGCCCAAGUGCACGCCAAAGACUUGCUGUGGACCAUGUUCUUUUGGCUACCCAGUUCCGCCGCCGUGUUACGCCGGUCAUUAUUGUUACGGCUAUGGGUGUAGCUGUAGGAGGGGUUGAUGCAAGAUUAUGUAAUAAGUAAUUUAUGAUAUAUAUAUUUUUACCGUGUCUGAGUUUGAGGUAUUGGACCGUGAUGUAAUAAUGGAGUUUUCAUGGGACAUAAAAAUAAAACCCAGAUGGCGAUUGAUUUGUUGGGAUUACUUAGGUGUCUUGAUACUAUGUAUAUGGAUUACAUGCUAUGUGGGUCAUCAAACUUUGAGAACAUGGCAUUCACGUCACUCACUUGUCUUCAAUUUAAUGUAAUCGGUUUACUCAA